AUGGCGAACAAGGCAUGCGGAUUUCUCUCUCGUCAGCUUGUUCCAGCUUUAUGCAAGACUUUGAAAGGCCCUCUGAAUGCUUCAAAAACAGAUGCUGCCACCUGUGUUAUGAGAGGAAAGUACCCUGUUGGCUCCUUCAGUAUCAACAGACAUUUCCACAUUUCAAACAGUACCCACAGUCGGAGAUUUGGCACAGCUGCAGAGCUGAAGUGUUCUCCCGAAGUCAGUAAAACUGCUGUGGACUUGGUGAAUGAAACAUUGGCGUCGGAGGACUUAGGGAGACUGUUUGCAGUCGUACAAGUGGCAGGGAAACAACGUAAGGUUACAACAGAGGAUGUCAUCAUUGUAGAGGCAUACUUCCCACCAACUGUUGGUGACCGAAUCAGAUUAGAAAAGGUGUUGCUGGUUGGUGGGAAAGAUUUUACCCUUAUGGGGAUGCCCAUGCUAAGCCGACAACAAGUUUGUGUCGAAGCCACAGUCAUUGAGAAAACCUUAUCACAUUACAAGAUUAAUUUUGGGUACAAACGCAGACAUCGGCAUUCUCACUUCAAAUUGACGAGGAACCAACAGACAGUCCUGCUCAUUAACAGUAUAGAAGUGAAUAGAAGCAUUGAGUAUUAAAAGUAAAAUUGUGACAAGGAGAAAGAAGUUAUAAAGUAUUCUGCUGUAUAUGUGUAGCUAGAAGUAAUUGAUUACCUGUGACUAUCUGGGAAUGAAUUACCCUUGACUACCUGGAAUUGAUUACUUGUGACUACCUGGAAUUAAUUACUUGUGACUACCUGGAAUUGAUUACCAGUGACUACCUGGCAGUUGAUUAGCAGUGACUACCUGGAGUUCAUAACAUCUCAUUUCCUCCAAUGUAUAGCAUGUGGUGACCUUGAAUUGAUUAUGAGUAAAAGUUAACAUGUGACUGCAUAGAAUUUAUUACCAAUAAUUUUCACUGGUUGUCCAGCAACACUUUAGCCAAAAUCUACUUCAGGAUAAGUUCCUAAUUCACAGUGUUGUGAUCGUAUCAGUGAGCUGUGUCAAAAUGACACAGAUGUGUUCAGAGAAUGACAUGAACAAUGAACAUAAAUAAAUUUCAUGGUAUUACCCUUCUUGUUUGUUCAUGUUCAACACACAUUUGGGUAUAUUGUAAUGGACAGUUCUUUGUUAUGGUUUAUGUCAAACAAAGACAUGAUCACAUGACAUUGGAUGUCAUGUGACACUUGUUGUUUAUCACUGAUCAUGAGAUUGUAGAUUUCAAGAAAACAUUUCAACUUUUUCAUUCAAUUGUAUACCAUCAAUAAUUCAUGUCAUGACAUUGACUCUCAGCUGACAAUUGAAGCAUCAAACUCCUUAUGUAGAAAUAAGUAAUAAAACUGUAAACUUUGA